AUGGUUGCAGUGACUCUUUGGUGCUUCUGGUAUCUCAUCACUCGGCGCCUCAAGAAACUCAAGGCAUCCGAUGACGUCUACCGUCUUCCCUGUCCUUCUGGGAGUCAUUGGCUCUGGGGUCACGAGAAACUGGCGCUCUACGAUGGAAAUUACGGCGAUACGUACUCCGAAUGGAUAGAUAGGAUGGGAGGGGUCAUCAGGACAAGAGCGGCUCUUUGGCAUCCGGAUAUUCUCAUCGUUGCGGAUCCUGUCGCCGUCUCUCAUAUUCAAUCGAGGAAUGUCUACAAUUAUAUAAAAUCGCCUGUAAUUCGACUCUUGGUUGAACGGAUGCUCGGAAGAAGUCUGGUGUGGGCCGAAGGGGAUGAACAUAGGAGAAUGAGGGCUACUCUUGCCCCUUGUUUCUCGGCAGCGAGGGUCCGCCUAAUGGAAAGCGCCGUCCUAGAUAGUGCCCACAAGCUGGUGGACGCUCUGCGAGACCACAUAUCUCAACCAAGACGUGUAGGGUGCAUCCCAAAUAUUGUGAAUAUCAUGGAGUGGACCUCAAAGGCAACUUUGGAUGUUAUUGGCCGUGUAGGAUUUGGCUACGACUUUCGCUUCGGCGAAUCCUCUGGAGCGAAAGACAUAUUCCGCUUAUGGAAGGAGCAAUCGAUGCUCGGGAUGACUUUUGUUGGCUUCGCAACUCCUCUCGUUUUGCGGGCAUUCCCGUCCAUCGCAUCCCUCCCCGUUGGUAGCAUACGUAAACAGGGCGAGAUAAAACUUCGAGUUGGCGAGAUCGGAAAGGAUAUUGUGGAAUCGAAAAUUGUACAAUUGCGGGACAAGCAGGAGGGUUUGACAGAUGACGACCUACUGGGCUAUCUUGUCCGGAUGUGCUGUGAGAGCGACGGUAGCGUAUCAAGGAGGGAUAUCUUAGACCAUAUUACAACCUUCAUCAUGGUUGGACAAGAAACGACAGCAGGAGCUUUGAACUAUAUACUCCACGCUCUAGCACAACACACAGACAUCCAAGAUGAACUUCGCGCCGAAUUGGAAGUUUUUGGUAGGGAGCCGACAUACGACGAUUUUCAGAACAAAGAACAGCUCAAAUUGCUAGAUUCGGUAACAAAGGAAGGGAUGCGGUUGUUCCCUCCGGCUCCGCACACUGAGCGAGUUGCCAUCGAAGAUGACGUUGUUCCUCUGGGCCAACCCGUUCGCACAGCAGAUGGAUCAUAUCUCCACUCCCUCCGCAUUUGUAAAGGCCAAGUACUCUUCAUUCCUCGUCUCUCCCUCAACACGCACUGCGGCACGUGGGGACUUGACGGCAAGGUGUUCAGACCUUCUCGCUGGCUUGCGACGGGAAAGGACGCUCCGCCGCGCGCCACGUUAACUGGUUGGAACAAUAUCGACACUUUUAGCGAAGGGGCACACAUGUGUCUUGGCUACCGUCUCGCUGUGUUCGAGGUCAAAGCUGUUCUGUGUGCACUCCUGAAGACAUUUAGAUUCGAGCAGGUGACGGGUGUUAAGAUUGUGAACAAGUUUUCAGCGACGUUGCAACCUCAAGUGGUGGAGAAUUCAGGAGAGGCGAGGGAGAUUGUGAUGAAUGAACCAUGGUUGCCUGUCAAAGUCACUCCCGUGGACCACCAAUGA